UCCUCUUCCUCCUCCCCCUCCCUCAAGAAUCCCUCCUCCCUCUCUUCUUUCUCAUUCAAACACAGCAACUCCUGUUGUGUCAGUUUUAUCUUCUUCCACCGCCACUACCCACCACUAGGCAGAGGAGAUCAGCAGCAGGGAGGAAGAUAAAUGCAUGAAGAAGAAGAAGAUUAGCCUCCCCGCUUCCUCUAAACUUCUUGCUGUGUGUGAUUGCUGCCUCGUCUUUGCCGGCUGCAGCCCCUCUCUCUACCCCUACCCCCACCACUCCGUGUGCCGCCUCCUUUCCCUGCUAUCCAAGGAGAUGUUUGAAACUUCCAUUAUAGACAUAGGUGGUGAAUUUCUUGACGCUGCUAAUCCGUUUCUGCCUUUCCUCGGGCUUAAGAAGAAGAUGAUUUGAAGUUUUUACAUGUGGAUGUAUAAGCAGGCUAGCUUUUCUGAAGUUUCAAGGAGCAGAAAAGGAUUGAAGGAGAGCAUCAGCAAUUCAAUACAUUCACUGGGAGAACUAAUGGAACACUUCUAUAAAUACUUUGUCUUGCAUAUGUAAAGCUACACCUACAGAUGAGCAAAAACAUUGCACAAGCCUCUCUUGAUGGUCCUCUGGACUUGGACAUUUGCAAAUAAACAGGUGGGAAACUAUUGAAGUGGCCUUAUUUCCAAUAUACAAAACGUCCACAAUCCAUGUUAACAUCUACAAAGGAAAUAUGCCAACUCAACCUCUUUUAGCAUAUAUGGAUGGGCCAGAUAGUAUAGCCAGUACUGUUGGUUCACGUAUGGAGAACAAUGAUGCCUCUAUGCCGAUAAAAGGAGCCAACACAAUCUCAUACAAGAACUUGCAAGACAAGUUCUUAAUGCAAGGAGAAGGAUGCAUGCCUUUGGAUUGCAUGUUUUGCGAUCAGACUUUCAAGCACCCAGAAGAUCUUGGUAAGCAUGUUUUAACACAGCAUAGGCCAACGCUUUGUGAACCAGCAGUUCUGCGUGUAGAAGCGGAAUACCUUAGCCAUUUUGAUAAAGGACAAGUGAAAACUGACUUGCCACUGUCAGAUGUUAAUGAAAAGGAUAGCCAAGAUUUCAGCUGUGUGGUUUGCGGGCGAACAUUUGAUGAGGCUUUUGAUGUUGAGGCCCAUAUGAGGAAGCAUAAGGACUCUUUCACUUACUGGUGCAGUGUGUGUGGAAGGAGAUUUAAAGAGCCUUGGUUCCUCAAAAAUCACAUGAGAACACACACUGGUAAGCCCGGGUCUAGAAGCAAGACGCCACAAGGAUCUGAGAGUCCUGUAACAAUAAAUGAGGUUGUACAGGACCAAGUAACUGAAACCAUUACAUCGCCUUACAAAAUCUGCAUGGUGUGUGGCUUCCUAUUUCAAAAUAAGGAAAGUUUAAUUGAGCACAGCAAAGUACAUACCAAAGAUUCAGCAGCCAGUGGUGAUGGCCCACAAGCUGAGAGAGGUGGCAAAGGAAAUAGAUCACCCAGGGAAGAAUUUUUGCAGUUUUUAAACUUAAAACCAUGUAUGCCUCCUAGCAAUAGCAAACAAGAAAAGUCUGUGAAAUGGAUAGCAGAGUUAGAUCCUUUCAGUACAUACCAGGCGUGGCAACUGGCAACCAAAGGUAAAAUUGCUAUUGGCCAUGGACAAGUAAAAGAACCAGGGCAAGAGGGAAGUACAGACAAUGAUGACUCCUCUUCUGAUAAAGAAGAGCUUGGGGAAAUUUGGAAUGCAAACAAAGUGAGCCAAACUGAAAGCACGGGGAAGAUUAAGGCAAGCAAAAGUGGAGGUUUUGCAAGGAUUGGUAAUAUGCCACAGGACAAAUUCAAAUAUCCUGGUCGUGAAGUGCCUUCUAUGGAGAUAGAUUCUAAAUUGUCGCAGAACAAAGAUAAGCCCACACAUUGUUCAGAGUGUGGUAAAGCCUUUCGAACGUACCACCAGCUCGUUCUUCACUCAAGAGUACAUAAGAGAGACCGAAAGAAUGACUUAGAAACCAGUUCUGUUGAAGGAAAGCAGCCAAGAGCAUGCCUUCCAGAUGUUGUGACUUUGGAUGAGAAUGGAGCAGGAGAACGAGUGGAGGGAGGCUCUGAAGAUGGAUCAGAGGAUGGACUAAUAGAGACCUUAGAUAAAAAUGAAGAUGGUGUGGAAAGAGCAAAACUUAAAAACCUUGGAGCCUCCAGAGAAUGUAGCUACUGUGGGAAGUAUUUCCGCUCAAACUAUUACCUCAAUAUUCAUCUCAGAACUCACACAGGUGAAAAACCAUACAAAUGUGAAUUUUGUGAGUAUGCAGCAGCCCAGAAAACAUCUUUGCGAUAUCACUUGGAGAGACACCACAAGGACAAACAAGCAGAAGCUGCAGUAGAUGUGAAAAUUAACAGUAACGGUUUGUUACCUUCUCAGGAGAUGGGCUUCUUGCCAGUCAGCGGUUGUGCUUCGGAAACCAAAAAUCUGAAAAGGCUGCUGGAAGAUGCCAAAGAUGUUAAAGGAGGCCCACCUGUAAAACAGCAGAAAGAAAUGCUUUCCUCCUUUGAGACCGCACUAAAAAGUAUAACUCAGGACACAAACAAAGGUACAAACUUUGGUGGCUCAAAUGAGGGUACAUCAGUUCCCUGUCUUGAAAAUUUAAAAUUGGAAAAAAUUGAAAUGGAACUUCAGGCAAGCAAUCAUGUUGAUAGGACUGAGAAAAGGAAUUGUGUGUUACCAGAAAGUAUACUUUAUACUGGUGCUUUGAAAGGCAAAAUGGAUCUUCCAAGCGGCAUCGCAGAAAACUCAACUAAAUGCAGACUAAUAGCUCAAGAAAAGCCUUUAAAUUUAUCCACCAGCUCUUCUCGUGAUGCUUCAGUAAUUGCUUCUUCUCAAGGAUCCAUAGCAGCCAGUACCUGCCCCUUUUGUACUUACCGGACACUAUAUCCAGAGGUUCUAACAAUGCACCGGCGGUUGAUGCAUAAACCCCCCAAUACUGCUAAUAAAAAUAGUAUCAGAAAUAGGGCAGCUAUUAAAGUCAGACGUACUGGAUGCCCACCUUAUCUUUUGGGCAAGGAUGUGCACCCUCUGCCUCUUAACCCUGGGAAAAUCAAGUCUUCCUUGCCUACCCAGUCAAAAUCCCUGCAUGUGGAGAAGGUUAAACAGGCACCCACUCUACGGAGCAAAGCAUCCAUUCUUUCAGGGUUAAACUCCAGCAGCUCAACACCAAGUAACUUGAAAUCAUGCAAACUGCAAAUGAUUGGAGGUCAAGUGAAUAGCUCUAGACAACAGCAUGAAAUACACCACUGUCCUAGUAGCACUCCAGUACAGGAGAGAGGGAAAAGGCUGGAUCUUAAAGCAAGAGUUUUGGCUUCUCAAUUAGGCAUAGCAAGUAACAACAUCAAUGGCUCUCUUGAGACUCCGUUGAAUGAAUCUGCUUGGUCAAGCAAUCGAGGAAUAGAGUUUCUCAGUAACAGACCUACAGGGAAUAUAAACUUGGAAUUUGAUGGAUUGCCUUCUAAAAGAGUGAGGCCUAAUCUUUUAGCUCCAGAACAUACUGACUCUGCCCUGUAUCGGAGAGGGAAUGAUGCAGGCAGAUUACAUAUUGCAGGCAGAUAUACAGGUCUGCUGCCUCAGGAAUGUUCACACACCAAACCAGCCACCUCUUUCCUCCCAGUCAAACAAGGGCUCAUGAGCUCUGAAACAGAUGCUAUAAAUCCAGUGACUACUCUAAAGCCAUACGAAACAUAUGGUCCUGGGCCAUUUUACAGUUCCUGUGGAUCAAGUAGCAGUCAAGUCCCCAGCUCUUCAAAAGAAGGAAAAAGGCCAGUGUCAUAUCAACACUUGUCUAGCACCAUGCUGCAGAAAAGGAAUUACGAGAGGCUUAUUGGCAAUGCACAUAAUCGACUGAAUGACAAGAGAACAUGAUUCUGCUGCAAUGAAUGGUAUGAGGAUACAAAUUUGAUUUCCCUUGCAGUUCAUCUCUUGAGAAUAAUGAAUGAUGAAAGCUACCAAACUAAGCUGUGAUUGUUCUAUGAAUAGAAAGAAACACUACAGUUCUGUAAUGGAAGGCCUGAUCCCAUUUGUACAACAUGGACCUAAACAUUGUUGUCCCAAGACUUGGUUGCAAAGAACUGGCAAAUGCGUGUAUCUGUUCCUGAUCUUGAAUAAUAUUUUUUCUUAGAAUUAUCAUAGACCAAAUAUUCAACAUAAAGUAUAUUUUUGCAUACUUGAGUGCUGCUGACAAGAGAUCCAAUUUAGAAGUUGUGUGUAAACCUUGCACCUCAGGUAAAUCUGUGCAUUGUUCAUCUGGUUUAAAUACGUGGAGGAUUUUUGUAUAAGGGUAGAGGUCUGUCACAUUUUGUUUUGUGCUUUAAACUAUGUACAUUUUAAAAAGAUUCCAAAUGUACUAUGUACUUUUAUUUUCAACUUAUGCACAGUGUAAAUACCUGACAGAAUAACUCGAGAAUAUUAACACAAAGAUAGACCAUAAUCUGUUGUAAGAAACCAUGUACUUCCUCAAAUUGAUGUAAAUUCCUGAACAUCCUCUGAGAGAAUUAUAUUCAUCGGCUGUAUUUUCUGUUAAUAGGGAGAAAUACUUCUCGUAACUCUUGGCAUACAGUCACAAGUCUUUGCUUUACAAUGCACGUAGAAGGUUCCUGGUUAAAUGUUUUCCUGCCUCCAGCUAUUAUUGGAGUGGGAAUUAUGCUCACAGAGAAUUUCAGUUUCCUCCUCUUCCUUCUAAAUAUGUGGAUUUUGAUUCCAUAAAUGUAUAGAUUUAAAAAUACUUUGUACAAAUGCCUGAAGCUGAAAAUAACAUUCCUAUUGAACACUGUUGCAACUCAUCAUAAGUAUACAUCUUUAUAUUUGCAAAUAUGGCAGUCCUUGUUUGUCCAGCAAUCAAAGCAAGGGCACGAUCCACCCACUCAUGUAGCAGUAUGCAUGGGAAAAGAUUCCCACAGGGUACUAUGAAGUCCUCUUCUACUUCCUCUCCACACUUCUCCUGUCUUGGGCCAGGAUAUAAUAUCAUGUGCAAUGUCAUUGCUUUCAGUGGAAGACCUGUAGCCAUCUUGCAUAGGGAGAUAGUGGUCACAGGUCUAUACAAGUAUGGGGCAGAUGUCGGUAUUCCCAUUUGGAAGGUAUCGGCCUGCACAUUUCUGUAUCAAGUGCUAUGUUCACCAAAGUCAAGAGCAUCUAGGGGUGGGGGCUUAACCUAGGGUCCCCCUCCUUCACGUAUGGGACUACAUACUAUGUGAGUAUUACAGCCCCAACUUGGUUUGAUUUAUUUGUGAAGGAACUGUUUUUGUGAACUUAAGAAUUUUUCCAUUGCACAUGAUGAUAAUGAAUAGGAAAGCAGUCUGGUACCAGCCGUGAUGUGCAUAUUGCUGAUGGAUAUAACAGCUUGUGAAGACUUUAAUGACCAACUUACUCUUUUCUUUGAGUUUGGAUGUCAAACAUUUCCAGUACACAGAUGGUUUUAAAAAAAUAUUUUUUGCACUGUUGAAUGUGUGUUUCUUAUCAGAUGUAAAACAACAGAACAUAGACUUUCUUGGAGAUUUCCCCACAACCCCAUAUGCAACUUGGAGACAUUUUAAAUUAAUUUCUUACUUCCUGUGUAUUAAAGGAUAUAUAAUUUUGAUGUCUCUGUAAAACUGGCAAUGUAAUGAAGUGCUGUGUAUCAGGAAAUUGUACACAAUUUACCCUUUUCCUGUUCAUAAGCUGAGCCAUAUGUACAUAAAAUCUAGAUUUGUUUCCCUAGUUUUGCACUUUUAUAGCCUAUUUUUUGAAGAUAAAUUUGUGUGGAAGAUGAUUAAUCUAUUUUUGCCUUGCCCUUCAAUGAGUCUUAUAGAAUGUGUAAUAUAACUUGUCUGUCUCCUUUUUUUAAAAAAAGUAACAGAUCUUAAAUAUAAAAGACCAGGGCUAUGUUUAACUAUAGUUUUUAGAAGAGCCUCCCUCUUUGUGUUGGUGCAGUUUUUCUAAAACUCAUGGGCUGUCACCUCAGCUUGGAAAAGAACAAAGAAGAGUGCAGCCCACAGCUUCCGAAUCUGACUCGGGACACCUCAUUUUAUAUUUUUGGGGGGCAUGGGAUCUGCUACAGCACAAGCUUUUUUCUUCCCUGCAAAGGUAGUAUCAAAAGCCCUGCCCAUUCACUUGCUUCUACCUAUAUUAGCGUUGGGUUGGUUUCUAGGAGGAGAGACACUGGUGGGGGCAGGAGUCGCAGUGGGGGCUGCUUCCACGUGGCCUGGGGUUUCUGAUAGUACCUUUGCAGCAUAGGACAAAGCAGCUCCCACACUGUCAAGGUAACACAAGAGAGGCCCUAACCUGUAACCCUGGGGCGUGCAGUCCAUCAAGCACUUUCAGUGAGAGUGUCAUACAGUGGAGGAUUUGCAGCAGCAGUGCUUUGUAGACUGCAGCCCUGGUCUCCAAAGUAGGUUUUGCCCAUCAGUAUUAACUAUGGGAUACUACUGUGUUUUCUUUUUGUUGUCAAUAGCAAUGAGUAUACUGGUACAAGUUGUUGAUUUGUUGUAUUUAUUUCUUUCCAUCUUGAUUUAUUUUAAUUGUGAAACCCUUAAGUUGUCAAACUAGACACCAUACAGGUCAUUUAAUUUAUGAUGUGUUUUCAAUUUAGUGGACUGUUAUUACAUGCGAAUGUAAAUAUAGACUUGGUGUUUUUGCAAAUAC